GUGUAACCCAAUCGCGGAUAAAGUGUGGCUCUGACGCAAGAAUUUCUAUUUUCCAUUUACAAAUUGGGAUUGCGAUUAAAUUAUUCCUUGAAAACGACGUCGAUUACAGAAAAAUGAGCUACCGUUAAUAAUGAAUGCGGAUUGCCUUUUGAAGUAACGUCUAUUUCACAACAUUGUAAAUAAUUUAUUAACCGAUUGUAUUCUGCCCUUCGAUAUCUAAUGUUCACUUUAAUUUGAAAUGCGAAAGGUAUAUUACUUUGUUAUGAAGGAUACAAAUGUAAAUAGAAUUCGGAGAGUUGAAAUGGGCGUGCCUUUGAAGUGGGUGGCGCCAUAGCAUGGUUUUGUUUUUGCUUUUGAGGGAAUGAACUUUUGCGUUUUUGUGGGGUGGCAAAUGAUAGGAGUGCCAACUUUGUGUGUUGGCGGUUAGAUGUCUACAACCCCUGCGCGACCUUGUAAUUAUUGAUCAUUCCUUUCGCCCGCUGCUGCCGCCACCACCGCCGCCAGUUCUAAUAUUGCGCGCGUUUUCGGUGUGUGUGCGUGGGGGGUGUGAGGAGGUGGUGGACGAGAGAUACCAGAAUAUACCGCCACCCCCGCCAAACUUUUCCUAAGGGUUACACUUACCCCCUGCAGCAGCAGCAGUUAAAUCCAGUUUCGUUACUCUAUUCGUAAUCCUCGCCGCCUCCCGACAACAACGAGCGAAAGCUCACAAUCCGUUUCCGUUUUUUUUUUCCUUCUCUCUCCAUACCGACAGUAUAAAACAUCACUGUAGCGAUGAUGACGUGCUGACGACGAUGUCGAGAAGGGAACUCCAGAAACUGAUGAUUUGGAGGAGAAAGAGAACAAGCCGGUGCCUAAUUCCAUUAUAACCGGAUCGCAGCCGCAGCGGGCCGAAAGCAAACAAGAUGAGCGUGACAGGAGACAACCAAUGUUGCGGUACGGCGAGUUCAGUCCAAACAAUCCUCAGUUGAGGGUGAACGCCGCUCCAUAUCUUGGUUUAGGCGAAUACGAACAACGCAAGGAGAUACUGCUGCAGCAACGUCACAGAGACUAUAAGCAAAAUAUAAACAGUAGGAACGAACGCAUAAAAAGCACAGCGCUAAAACUGGUUAAGUCACCCAGUUCCAAUAAGUCUGUGCAAACCGACUUGCAAAACAUUAAUAAUAAGUUGAUACAAUACACUCCUCCGAGUGCUAAACAGAAACCAGAAACUGCCGUUAGAAGCGGGGACUUGUCUUUGCCAUUGGGUCCCCCGACAAUCGAAACAACUCGUAACAUUGUGAUGCACAAUAAUCGUAGUCCUGUCCUACAUAGAUUAGACCAGAGGAUAGCGGCGGCCGCAGCGCACAAUUCCAGCACUCACCACAAACCUGAAAUGGACAAGCAACCGCCUCGCGGUAUUCUCACCAACCGUCGCACCGAAAGCCCCAGAGAACGGUUGCUCUCCGAUUUGAAGCACAGCUAUGUCCCGAAUAGUCUGAUGGAUGGAUUUAGUUAUAGCGAUCGAAGCGAAGAUAUCGAACGGGAACGCAUAAAGAGGGAGAUCUACCAGAAUGAACUUCGUUUGCAAAUUGAAGAGAAACGACGAAUUGUAGCAAUGAGGGAGGAGCAGGAACGACGAGAACAAGAGUUGGAGAAUCGGCGACUGGAACAACAGUUGCUUCGUAUGCAAGAGGAACAAUUGCGCGAUGAGCAGAGGCGGAAUCGACGUGAACAGAUGCGACGGAACAGCGAUGACUUUGCGACGAGGAAACAGGAAAUGCAGAGCAGUCGUCAGUACCGGAAGCACACCGAUUCCGAGAGCAGCGUAUCGAAUAUCCGGGGUACGCCUAAGCUGUCAUCCCACUACUCGCCGCCGGUCGCUCGCCGCAAUCCCUAUUCGUACAACAUCCCAUCGACGUCUGUAUUCGCCGAACCUUCGACCCGUUACAACCCUUCGCGCUACGACUCCUUCCUGCGUAACCGGAUGGACUCGUUGAACGUGCCGUCGGUGCAGCAGCAGGACACCACCAAUUACUACAGCAGCGGUCGAUCGCAGUUCGGACGCUACGACUCGUUGAGUAGAAUAGAUUCAUUGAAACAUCAGGAUGCGUUGAGCAGUAGGUUAGAGAUGUUGAACAUUAGCGAUAGUUUGAGUAGGGUGCAGCGUAGGCACAGCGCGACCCAGCAGGAUUUGAGCAUGAUUCGGAGGAGUCCGAAGCUGCAGCGGCGCAGCAGUUCGAGCCGGUUCGAGGACUCUCUUCCGAUUCCCGUUCUUAAGGCUCAUUCACCGGUGGCUAGGGAAUUGAAGAAUUCCAUUGCGGUCAAUUCCACUCGCUCCGAUGCCGUCCGUAGGCUCGAAGACAAGUGGCAGAUACCGGCAGUACAAAAGAAUAUAGUAAAUCAAGGGGAUGGUCAGAGUAGGAGCAUUUUGACCCAGCUGGGCUCGAUUCGGAUGCAGUUGCAGCAGGAGCAGUUGCGAAUGGACGAAACAUUGCGGAAACGUGGCAAUACACAAUCCAAGGCUGUUGAAUUAAAGAAGUAAAUUUAAAAUUAAUGUAACUAUGGUUGAGUUUAAUGGGAGAUUACCGAAUGACAAUGGAGAGACAUACAAAGGGAAUUAUUUAAAUGAAAGUAAAGACGCAUGAUCGGGGCUGGAGCCUAUUUACAAGUUCAAAUAGUUAUUUUGUAUAUUGUUAGAGAUUUAUAUAAUAUUAUACAGAUUAUUAGAGUGUUUUCAGUAAGAAGGCUGUUUGUUUCUUAUUUCCUGGCAGUACCUUGCAUAUUGAUAUAUUCUGUUUCAUAAUUUAUAAUUAACGUUGCCUUGUUUCAGUGUAAAUAA